ACACGUUGGCAGCCCCAAAAAGUCACAAGACCCAAGUCAGCUGAAUUUCGGUGAAUCGCAGUAGUGUGAAAAACACUCGGUAAAUUUGAUAGAUUUUCAUAAAUUCUGUUCUUGAAUUUGUGUGUGCGAGCGCCCAUCCGUUUCUGCGUAGCAACCGCCGUCGUAAGAAAGCCAGCAAAAUGACUACCGCCCUGUAUUUGCCCGAGGAAAACAUCGACAUGAUUGCGGCCACUUCGGUGCUGCAGCAGCAGGCCGCCGACAUCCGCACCAGGACCAUCAACUGGGCCUCAUACAUGCAGUCGCAGAUGAUCAGCGAGGAGGACUACAAGGCAAUCAGUGCGCUGGACAAGUCGCGUGCCAGUUACUUGGCCCAGAACUCCAGCCAGGUGGUCAAGACGCUGCUGAAUCUGGUCUCGCACCUGUCGAAGGACUCCACCAUCCAGUACAUACUCGUGCUGUUGGAUGAUCUGCUGCAGGAGGAUCGCUCACGUGUGGAUUUGUUCCAUGAGACGGCCGGCAAGCUGAAGCAGUGCAUCUGGGGACCGUUCCUGAACCUGCUCAACCGUCAGGAUGGCUUCAUCGUGAACAUGUCGUCGCGCAUUCUGGCCAAGUUUGCCUGCUGGGGCCAUGAGACGAUGCCGAAGUCCGAUCUGAACUUCUAUCUGCAGUUCCUGAAGGAUCAGCUGGCCACCAAUGGCUUAGCCUAUCUGCAAGAGAUGGCCCAACUGGCCAAGCGGACACAAACGAUCAUUGUGCACACGCAUGGACUGCAUGGCAAAGACAAAGACCACCAUGGCCAUCAAUACAGUCCCACUUUGGCCCAGUUGCAGCAUCAGCACGAGCUGGCCGAGAGGGCCAACGAGCGCUAUCGGGAGGUGGCCGGUGGCGACGAGCAGCAGCAGCAGAGCGGCAUACCGAACAACGAAUACAUCCAGUCGGUGGCCCGUUGCCUUCAGAUGAUGCUGCGCGUGGACGAGUACCGAUUCGCCUUUGUGGGCGUCGAUGGUAUCAGCACUCUGAUCCGCAUCCUGUCGUCGCGUGUCAACUUCCAGGUGCAAUACCAGCUGGUCUUCUGCCUGUGGGUGCUGACCUUCAAUCCCCUGCUGGCUGCCAAGAUGAACAAGUUCAGCGUCAUUCCCAUCCUGGCCGAUAUCCUCAGCGAUUGUGCCAAGGAGAAGGUGACGCGCAUCAUCCUCGCGGUCUUCCGCAAUCUGAUUGAGAAACCGGAGGAUUCCUCGGUGGCCAAGGACCAUUGCAUUGCCAUGGUCCAGUGCAAGGUGUUGAAGCAGCUUUCCAUCCUCGAGCAGCGUCGCUUUGAUGACGAGGAUAUCACCGCCGAUGUGGAGUACCUGAGCGAGAAGCUGCAGAAUUCGGUGCAGGACCUCAGCUCCUUCGACGAGUACGCCACAGAGGUGCGCAGCGGUCGUCUGGAAUGGUCGCCCGUCCAUAAGUCGGCCAAGUUCUGGCGCGAGAAUGCCCAGCGCCUCAAUGAGAAGAACUACGAACUGCUGCGAAUCCUCGUCCAUCUCCUGGAGACCUCCAAGGACGCCAUUAUCCUCUCCGUUGCCUGCUUUGAUAUUGGAGAGUAUGUGCGUCACUAUCCCCGCGGCAAGCAUGUCCUGGAGCAGCUGGGUGGCAAGCAGAUCGUGAUGCAGCAUUUGGGCCACGAGGAUCCCAAUGUGCGGUACGAGGCCCUGCUGGCUGUGCAGAAGCUGAUGGUACACAACUGGGAAUAUCUGGGCAAGCAGCUGGAGAAGGAGAACGAGAACCAGAAGCAAGGUGCCGCCCCCAUUGCUGGCAAGGCCUAAACAAUCAGUCAGUCAGUCAUCCAUGCACACAGGCACAGGCACACACAGCAAAUAUUUUAGCCAGGCCGCCAGCCUGAGACCUUAACGAAACAAUAAGAGUCGUGGAGAGGGAUCAACACUACAUACUAUCUCCGAUUCAGCCACUUCUCCACUUAACAUGAUGUUUGUUCUUGCUACCUUUAAGCGCAUGUUUGUUCCCCCGUUUAAACUAAGUUCUUGUUAGUCCAUCGUCCCCCUUACGCCCUCUGCCCCCACAUAGAACGUAUUGAAAGAACAAUUCGAUUUUUGUUGGCAUUCCAAAUACAGAAAAAAAAAGCUAUCCUAGGCGAUUGUUCCAUUCAGUUCGAUUGUUUAUAUUUUGUUGUUAUUAUUAUUUGUGUUCUUAAUUUAUGUGUGCGCGCUGUACAGAGUUUGUCUUAAUCAAAUGAUAUGCACUUUUAAUGUAUUAUAAUAUCGCCAGCGCACCCACAACUAAAAAAAAAAACAGAAAACAAAACUAAGCAAAACAAAAAAUAUAUUGUAUAAACCUAUCAAGUAUUUCUUUCAUUAAAAUCUAAACGAAGUAAGCAUAUAAAUCAAAUGAUAAAUGAAAAAUAUGUAUUGCAUAAUAAAGUUGUUAUUAAAAGUGUA